GUUACCGUUUUGGGUGGCAAAAACUGGUUUAAGGUGAAGCAUCGUCAGUGACAACAAAGCGUAGAAACCGAAUUUAAUUCGAGCAAUUUGUGAAACGUCAUGACUGGUCGAAAAUGAUGCCGUUCAGAUGAUCCGAUUAGCCUGUGACGGAAGAAUCGCGGAAGUGCUUCUAACUUCAUUCGGAGGAGUUGGAUCGAUUAGCACACCAACCUUCGCGCGCGUGACUCGGGACGUCAGCACCCGCAAGGAUGCGUGAGAAGGUUCACAAAGCGCGAAAACCAGUUCUGUGGGCAUCGCCAGGUCGCGAUCGCUCCUGCGGAGCCCUCGUCAGUCGUCCAGAAUGUCUCGAUCGGUUGGGAUCGUCCAAGUUGUGCUGUCGCUGCUGCUAGUUCUUGCGUCGAUUGACGCAGGUAGUGCAGCAAAGGGCGUCAACAGCAAGAUCAGCACGGAAGACCACAUAAGGCGUUACAAGAUCAACUCGGAACGUUACCGUGUAACGACCUCCGAUGGGUACGACCUGGCAGCCUUCCGGCUACGACCUACCGUCCCAAUCCGUGGAGUUGCGUUGCUACAGCACGGAAUACGUCAAUCAUCAGCUGACUGGCUGGUCCAGUACGCGAACCUCCCAGCCCAACUGCUGGACAUUGGGAUCGAGGUCUGGCUGGGAGAUUCCCGAGCAUCCCCGGAAAGCCUCGGCAAUCGUACGGCCGAUCCAUGGGCCUUCAGCUUCCACGAGAUCGGCAUGUACGACCUCCCGGCCCUGAUCGACGCCGCCCUCCAGAUCUCCAAGUUCAAGCGCAUCCACCUGGUCGGCUACUCGGAAGGAUCAACCGCAGCACUGGUCCUACUCUCGGAACUCCCCUCCUACAACGCCAAGAUCGCCUCCCUGAACCUGAUCGCCCCCGCCGCCUACAUGUCCAACAGUGACCAGCGGCUCGCCGCAGAACUCUACACCAACGUCCGGAACUUCCUCCCCUUCCUGCUACCCAAGCUGAACGCCGGCGUUCAAGCGAUCGGGUCGACCCCCAAACAGCUAGAUCACUACCGCCAGCUGAUCCUGUCCGGGUGCUUCCGCCAGUACGACUACGGCACCGCCAAGAACGUCCAACGGUACGGCACCCGAACACCCCCCGAGUACCAACUGGCCAAGAUCAGCACCAGUCCGGUGAUUCUGCACUACGGAGGUCGGGACGGCGUGGUGAGUCCCCGAGAUGUCCAACGGCUCGGCCAGCAGCUGUCCCGUACCACCAAGGUGCGACUGGUUUCGUACGAGCAGUUCGCCCACCGGGACUUUCUCGGCCCGAAGAAGGCAACCAUCGAGGUUUAUCCCAAAAUUGCUGCGAUCAUCGCCAAGUGAAGAUUCGGUGUUUGUGACCCGUUCGAGGAGAUGUCCCGUUUAGAAAGUGAUAUUGGGUUGAACGGCCAGUGCUUUGUUUGCAUUCUGGGGGAAAAAUUUGAAUAACACCGGGCGACGAAAGUUGUGUUAAGUAAAAGGGAAAAAAGUGUCAAAGUAGGUCGUUUCGCCGAAAAAAGUGUGUUUGCGUAUUUAAAACCACGGUGGUGGGUCAUUUCACCGAAUUGCUAUCGAUAUGAUUUCUGGUAAAACCGGGGACAUAGAGAACGAAAUGGAACGGGUCAUUUCGCCGAAUUAAUGUUUAUGUUGUUAGAUAUACAGAAAAAUGAAAAAAAUAUAGAAUUAAAAUUGUUAAGUAGAACUGGGUCAUUUUUAAAGUUCAAAACUUCUAAAAGUUGAAAAAAAGGAAGUUAGUGGGUCAUUUCAUCGAAAAUAUAAUUUUAAAUUUAAUUCGAUGAAAUGAUCUUUCGAUAGUUAAAUUUUUAGGUCAGUAAUAUUUCUGUCAUAAUGAUUGCCUGUGAAAUCAGCAGUUGCAAAAAAGAGUAUUGCGAAUUUAUGGGUGGGUCAUUUCACCGAAAAUAUUGUUUUGGGUUAAAUUUAGUUCAAAAAAUUCUUUGGUCAGUUAGAAAAAGUGAAGAUCAGCGUGGAUCGGUCAUUUCACCGAAUUCAAAUAGCAAGUUUUCACAGAAAAUUGACAAAAAAAUAAAACAUAACUCAUAAAGUAUUCACUUGUAGUGAAAUGGAUCACACUAUUUUGAAGUAUUCGGUGAAAUGACUCAGUGACUAAUAACUAAGUGACAUUUUUAUUAAAGCUGCCAUAGCUCUGUUCAGGACAUGGUGUUCUUAAAAAAUGUAUUAAGUGGGUCAUUUUACCGAAAGUA